AUGACCCCCAUCUUCUCUGCCCUGCUGAGCCUUGAAACAUUCCCCAAACCCUCCCUCAGGGCAGAGAAUGGCUCUUUAGUGCCCCUAGGGAGAAAUGUGACCCUCACGUGUCAGGGGUCAGUGCAGGCUGAUGACUACCGUCUAGAGAAAGACCAAGGGUCUAGAAGGAUACCCAUCAUGGCUGUGAAACCAUCUGGAAUAGAGGGCAAAUUUCACAUCCCAUCAGUGACAGCAAACUGUGCAGGGACCUACUACUGCCUCUACAGACACUCAUCUAACUGGUCAGGGUCCAGUGACCCCCUGGAGCUGGUGGUGACAGGGCCCUAUGAACCACCCUCCCUCUCAGCCUUGCCCAGCUCCGUGGUGGCCUCAGGACACAAUGUGACACUCCAGUGUCAGUCACAGCGCUGGUAUGACACAUUUGCCCUGUACAAGGAUGGAGAACAGAUCAGUUCCAGCCUGGCACAGCAGCAUGUAAGGGGGUCUUGGGCCAACUUCUCUAUGCCAGCUGUGACCACUACUCACGAAGGAACUUACCAAUGCUACAGUUUUCACAGCUACUACCCUUAUGUGUGGUCAGCCCCCAGUGAUGUCCUGGUGCUCAGGGUCACUGGGACCUUCUCUCCAAGUCCUGAAUCUGGGAACAUGCAGUUUGAUCCUGCCCCCCAGGAUUACACUGUGGGCAACCUUAUCCGCCUCAGCCUGGCCGGGCUAGUUCUCCUCCUCCUUGGGGUCCUGUUGGCUGAAGCCUGGCACAGCCAGAGGGGACCACUGAACACCUUGCCCAGCUCCCAGGUAGCAUCAGGACACAAUGUGACCCUCCAGUGUCAGUCACAGAGAGGGUAUGAUAUGUAUGCCCUGUACAAGGAUGGAGAACGGUUCACCCAAGUCAUGGCGCAGGCCCAUGGAACAGGGGCUCUGGCCAACUUCUCCAUGCCGGCUGUGACUGCAGCUCACAAAGGGACUUACCAAUGCUACAGCUUUCACAGCAACUUCCCUUAUGAGUGGUCAGCCCCCAGUGGCCCCCUGGUACUCAGGGUCACAGGGGAGGAAGCCCCAGCCCCGCCCACUCCUCCCAUCCCUCCUAAGCCCCAUCACUGGCCCUGGGGCACCACUCUACUUGCUCAGGGCACUCCCCCAGGCGACCAUGGGGGCCAGGAGGCUCAGAGGGAGGGGAUGGAGAAUCUGGGUAAUGGGUCCUGCUCAGAGAGUACAGACAGUGAGGACUCUCCUCCUGGCCCCUCUAGACUCCCUCACCACCUGCCACAUGCCCAGGAGGCCCCUCAGCCUGCCUUCCCUCACCACACAGCCAAAGCUGGAACUGGUGAAGGGGGACUCUGCUUCCCCCAUCCCAUUCCUGGCUGUCCCAGUGAUGAGGGAGGGGCCCUCCAGAUACCCUCGCCCCCGUCCCUCUAA